GCAUCCAAAACAACUCCACUCCUCCCACCCCAAGUCCGAAGCUUCCUCCUCCUCCAACUCCUCCUCCUCCCCGUCCCGCAGUCGCACUCGCACCGCACGGCAGCAGGUAGCUAGCUAGCUAGCUGCGGGCUUCUGUAGCCAAGCAGGGCCGGAGCACGCACGCACGCGCGAGCGCGAGCGCAUGGCGGCGUCCGCGAGCCGGGCCCGCGCCGGCGCCGGCGGCGCUGGCGAGGAGUACGAGGACCUGCUGCCGGUGAUGGGCGAGCGGCUGGGCGUGGCGGGGCUGCUGGCGGAGCUGCGCGCGGGGUUCAGGCUGCUGGCGGACCGGGAGCGGGGCGCCAUCACGCCCGACAGCCUGCGGCGCGGCGCGGCGGCGGCGCUGGGCGUGGCCGGGAUGGCGCACGCCGACGCGGCCGCCAUGGUGCGCGAGGGCGACGCCGACGGCGACGGCGCGCUCAGCGAGGCCGAGUUCUGCGUCCUCAUGGUGCGCCUCAGCCCCGGCAUCAUGGCCCACGCCGAGGCCUGGCUCGCCGACGCCAUCGCCGCCGACGAGAUGCAGCUGGUUGAUGAUGCCAUGCCCAUGGAUGCUGCUGCCGCUGAUGAUUACGGUGGCGCCGGCAGCCGAGGCCACGCCGCCGCCGCUCCUGAUAGUGAUACUGCUCCCGCCCGCCGGUCGUCGGUUUGAUGGAUGCAUGGUCCGCGCACGUGUAUUAUUAGCCUGUGCGGUCGUUGUAAAAUCACCGCUCGCUCGUCAUCUUGUUCAUUUUAUUACUGUGUGUCAAUUACGGUGAUGACUCCUCUUCGAUCUGUACUUCAUGUGGUAAUAACUACGCGAACUACGGUGUGGUUUCCUUGGUUAACGGAAUCA